AUGAGUGAGCAGGAGGUCACUUUCUCAACUGUGAGAUUUCAUGAGUCUUCAGGGUUGCAGAACCAGGUGAGGCUUGAAGAGACCAAGGGACCUAGAAAAGCUGGUCCCAGAGUGUGUUCAGUUUCCUGGCAGCUCAUUGUGAUAACUCUUGGAAUCCUCUGUUUCCUUCGGCUGGUAAUUGCUGCUGUGUUGAUGACAAACAUUUUACAGUAUAGUCAAGAAAAAAAUGAACUUCAGGAAACUCUAACCAACCUCCAACAUAACUGUAGCAUCAUGCAAAAUGGCAUCGACUUAAAGGAAGAAAUUUUGAGAAAUAUGUCUAUAGAGUAUAGUGCAGUCAAUGAUUUUCUGGACUUCCUCAACACAAAACAGAUCAGACGGUACAUCAAGACCAAGACUGUUUCAAAUUCCUCACCACACACAGACAGAGGUGUUGAAAUAUUCUGGUUCUGCUAUGGUAUAAAAUGUUAUUACUUCAUCAUGGACAGAAAAACAUGGAGAGGAUGUAACCAGACCUGUCAAAAUUACAGCUUAUCUCUACUGAAGAUAGAUGAUGAGGAUGAACUGAAGUUCCUUCGGCUCCAGAUUACUCCUGACAAUUACUGGAUUGGAUUGUCAUAUGAUAAAGAAAAAGAGAAAUGGUCAUGGAUAGACAAAGGUCCAUCUAAACUCGACUUGAACAUAAAGAAGUUCAACUUAAAUGAUGGAGGAUGUACAUUCUUAUCUAAAACAAGAGUAGAGAAUACUAACUGUGAGAAAACAUACACCUGUAUUUGUGAGAAGAGACUGGAUAAAUUCCCUGAUUGA